UUUUAUUUUUAUUAUUUGUUUAUCUUUCUAUAAAUGGGCUCCGAGUCUCUCUUUCUUCGUCGUCCCUUUGCACCGCCUUGUCCUCCUCCGAUUCUCGCCGUUCCUCUCUCGCUGGUAGAGAGGUGGAGAAGGCGGUUGCAGACGCGAAGCUCCAAGAGAUCUGUGGACAAGAUGAACCACCGCGCGAUGCAACAGCAGAACGCCUCAUCUGCCAGCGAAGAGAUGAGGGCGCCGCUCGCGGUGGCCGAUCGAAAGCCGCCCGUCUUCUGCCCUAAGCCCCGCCGGCUCAGCCCGCUUGCCGCCGUCGCUGAACCGGUCCUACCCUUCCGUUGGCUCUCGAGUCAUCAAACCGAUUUCUCCGAUUCGAAGGCCGGGGCGGACCUCCAUGGCAUAUUUCUCGCAAAGGGCGGGGAGCAGAAUCAAGUGUCCUCGUCACCGCCGUUCUUCUGCGGCUCGCCACCGAGCCGUGCCGCGAACCCGGUCGUCCACGACGCCCGGUUCGGCGACGACCGCCCGCCGGCAGCCUUCGCCCCUGUACCACUAAUCCAGUCAGGUCCGCCGCUCUCCCCCAAGCAGGGCUGUGCCCACGCCAAGUUCGGCCUCAUGCCGGCGGCCGUGCGCAUCGAGGGUUUUGAUUGCCUCAACCGCGACCGCCGGAGCUGCAGCAGCAUCACUGCCGUGGCCUGAACAGCCCUGCCCGCGCUUCCUGCUUUAUUUUUGGAGCGCCGUGUGAGAGGAAGAAGAAGAAGAAGAAGAUAACAUUAACACCAAGAAAUCAAAAACAACAAUUAGGUGCUAAGCACGAGCAGAGAAGCACCAAGUGUUUCAUCCCGAGGUGGAGCUCUGUUAUUUGUGACUGUACAUUUUCCAUUUGUAAUCGAGGUAAUUAUGUA